GUGUGACCUAAAUAUAGUGUUUGCUAACUAUUAACACGUCUACUUUGUUUAGUAGUUAAUCAUAUUCCAGAGAUACUACAUACAUAUGUCUUGUUUUGACAGAUUUGAGGGAAUACUGUUCGUUUUUGUCCGAGCAUUCUAGCAGCUAACAGGCUAGCUCUUUGUCUAGCAUGCUAGCUAACGGGCUAGCGCUUGGUUUUAGUGUUUGCUAACUAUUAACACGUCUACUUUGUUUAGUAGUUAAUCAUAUUCCAGAGAUACUACAUACAUAUGUCUUGUUUUGACAGAUUUGAGGGAAUACUGUUCGUUUUUGUCCGAGCAUUCUAGCAGCUAACAGGCUAGCUCUUUGUCUAGCAUGCUAGCUAACGGGCUAGCGCUUGGUCUAGCAUGCUAGCUAGCAGCUGCCGGGCUAGCCAUAGUCCGUCUUCAUGUUUUGUCGGAAGAUACACAUCACACUGUUGGGUCAUUUUUGUUCUUUUGCAAUUUUUGCGGUGCUAGUAUUCUUGUUUACGUCCUGGCCGUGACGUGGAGCACGGUCGAAAGAGCUAGCUAGCAACAGCUAGCUAGCUGGCUGUUGCUAGCUAGCUGGCUGUGCACGUGGCCCCAGUACGCGUUUUGCCCCUCAACUGGACCGAUACCGAUUGGUAUCCGGCCGCGCAAGUACUUUAAAUAAAACAAUUUCUUUAUUUUAGUUAGUUAUUUAUUAUUACCUCAACAUAAAAAACACAAUAUAUACAUUAUAUAUCAAUGUAGAUCAAUACAGUCUGCAGGGAUAAAGUCCAUAAGCACACAUGCUUGUAUUUCUUUAUGAAAAAAAUACUAAUUACUUACAGGAAAUUAAGUGUAGUCUCUGAAAGGGGUAACAUUGCUUUUAAAGGCAGGACCCGCAGCAAGACAUACAAUACUAGCACAUACAUCAUGAAAACAUGUUUUUUUUUUGUCAUUGUAAGAGGGCUAAAUUACUUAUCUGAAAAUUCUUUUUAUACAUUUUGUUAUGAUGUCAGGUUUGGGACAGGUGUGAUGUUUUUUUUCGCUUAUAUGCCGUGUGCGUUUGGGCCAACUGCUUUCUGAUCAUUCUUUAUUUAAAAGAAUAUGCUGCUGAUGUUCAGUAGCAGUACUGAAGUCACGUGAGUGUUAAUGCUGCUAUAAGAUGAUGUCUUUAAUGUGGUUUGCCUUUUGUUACAACCCUUUUGGAAGUGCAAGGUUAUAGAGAUAUACACAAUUUGCUGUUAAACAAAACCUAUGUCUAUUCUCUGAUUCCAGAUUGUGAUUCCAGGUUGUGUGCGAACUGCUUCUGGUGAAUUGUUUCAGAGUUGUGAGCACAAAAGUUGACAGACACACGCAUAUAUACAUAACAGACACACGCAUAUACAUAACAGAUAUACAUACAUCAAUCACACAGACACACUUACUGAAAAAGCACACAAACACACAUCACAUAGUUCCUGCUAAGAUGCCGCGUGCCAAGGGCCACAAGCGGGCACUAGCCUCCAGGACCAAGAUGGCAGAGCGGCAGUCUUCGACCCCCAUGCCUCCUGUCCCUGAGUUCGUCUCUCGGCGCGGCACUGGGUUCCGCCACCGCGUGCGGAGGUGGCCAACUUCGCACCUGACUGGCCGUCAGGUGAAGUUUGUCCCUCCAGCUAUCGACCCGGAGAAGAAGACUGUCUUCUUCAUCGGCGACUCCCACCUGAGGGGCCUGGUGGAUGGGGAUGUCGCCUUACCCAAGGUACCGCUCUCUUUCUCUUUUUUGUCUGUUCCAGGUGGAGGUGCAGCUGACCUGAGGACAGAGGUGGGGCGCCUGGAGUUCCCGUGGACCCCGGAUGUCGUCUGCGUGCUGGCCCCGAGCAACGACCUGGACCGUGGGCCCUCCUCCGCUGCGGCGGAGUUCGGCGCCCUCCUGACCAGCGUCCGCAGCCGCUGGCCCAAGGUGUUUGUUCUGGACUUCCCCCCGCGUCUGAACAAACCCGUGGGCCUGCAGGAUCAGCUGCGUCAGGAGCACCGCCGCGUCGCAGCACGCAUGGGUGUCCCAUUCGUGGCUGUGACCGACAGCUUCCUGCUGGAUCGGUUGGAGCUGUGGUGUCAUGACGGCGUGCACCUCAGCGACACAGGUGGCUCGCCCAUCCUGGUGAAGCUGUUGUGCGACGCCGCCCUCACCCUCUUCCCAACUGACCCCCCUGCGCCUCCUUCCCCUCUGACGGACUGCCUGGAUCCCCAGACGUGGCCCAGGCUUGGAGACGAGGGAGAGAUGGACUGCAUCCCUGCAUCUGCUGGCUUUUGGAGGAAGAUGGCAGAGCGGCAGUCACGGACCCCCAUGCCUCCUGUCCCACAGUUCGUCGCUCGUGGCCCGCCCAUCCUGGUGGAGCCUGCGCCUUCUUCCCCUCGUCGGAGGUCGCCACCGGCCCAGGUGACGGGGCCAGACCCCCUGCCCCGUCGGCGCCAGGAUCCCCGGAGGUGGACAACGGUUGGACGGGAGCGAAAGGCUGGAACACUGCCGGUGCAACAGUCCCUUCCCAUCCCGUCCAACCCUGUGUGGUUCAGCAGUCCUAUGUUGGAUGCCAUGGAGGAGUUCGCUCCUUCCUCUGACUCCAACUGCACUGCUGUCCCACCACCUGGCCAGGUAAUGUGUCUCAUUCACUUCUUUCUACGUAUAGUGUCAAUAACGCAUCUAAGACACUGAUGAACAACAUUUUCUGUGUAAUAAUCCAUUCAUCCAUCUUCUACUGCUUAUCCGGGCUUGGGUCGCGGGGGCAGCAGCCCAAUCAGACUUCCCUCUCCUCAGCCACUUCCACCAGCUCUUCCCGGGGGAUCCCGAGGCGCUCCCAGGCCUGCUGAGAGACAUAGUCUCUUCUGCGUGUCCUGGGUCUUCCUCGUGGUCUCAUACCGGUGGUACAUGUCCUGAACACCUCAACAGCAAGGCAUCCUAAUAAAAUGCCCAAGCCACUUUACAACUGUUAUUACUAUAAUUACCAUUAUUACCCCUAGUUGUUAAUCAAAUGUUGGGAUAUUUUUGAGUAUGUGAUACAUACUUGUAAAAUAUCCAAUUAAGUAUGCCUUAA